UUGACAGCACAUCAUGAUGAUGAUGAUGAUGAUGAUGAUGAUGAUGAUGAUGAUGAUGAUGAUGAUGCUUAACCUCAUUUGCUCUUCAUGGCAUUUAAUCCAAUUAGCAUGCAACAGGUUUCACUUUGAGGGAAUAUUUCCUCAGAAUCCAAAUACUGGCUUCUUUUAUGGAAUUUGCUGAAUCCUAAAGUCGUUGUAGUCCUUCUGAAACCAAGCUGUUGCUCUUAUUUAGAAUAAACUCUCCAUAACUUUGUGUACAAGACAUCACACCUGCUUGACUUGCAUGAAAAGGAAGUUGAUCUCAGUGGUGAAUUUCUCCACCAUUAAGUUUCGUUUCACUCUGAACUGAAACUCAAGUGCUGUUUGAGAGCGGUCAGCUGCAAAACCUGGGGGAUGGCAGAGGGAGAGAGAAAAUACCUUGACUUCAUGUUCAGGCCGAGUGCUGAAUAUGUGGUAGGUGAGUAGCAGCUGCAGCAGCCGUGGGAUUUGCCAAUUGAAGGAGCAGGUGGGCCUUUCCCUUACAUCAAAGCCAAAAAUAUCAUCUGCUUAAAAGAAAAAAACAAGGGCCUGCCAAUAGGGUGAGUUUUUUAUUAUUAUUUUUUUUAAAAAAGAGCUCAUGUUUUCCUUCAUGGCCUUGGUCUACGCUAUCUCCAAUGAGGCCAUAUAGGAUGUUCUAAGGAUUUGGCCAUUAUCCCAAUGUACAGGCCCAUGUCCUGGUUUUUGCAGACCUUUUUCAAAGGAUUUUUGUGACCUGUUGAGUCUAAAACUUACUGCAGAGAGGGAAAGGGUUAAUUACAUUUUGCAAAUUUUGAAUACUAAAAUUAGUGGCAAACAUAUAAAACUGCUGCUUCGUUUUCACUGAGCUGGUAAGUUUGUAUCUUGGGCUGCCCCCUUUCAGACUGUGCAUCACAUGGCGAUCGCACAUGAUGGUUUUUUUUGUUUGUAGAGAACCAUUCCCAUUUAAAUUCUAGAUCUCGGGGAGGAAAGGACCUAGACUAUCCAUUUUCCUGUAGUGCAAGGACUGUUGUGUGUGUGCAACAGAGAGGUCUGUCCUGCAUUUUGCAGUAGCAUAGUCCAGCCACAUUAUUACCUCGGUGAAAAGUAGCUAUGAGAACUGCUCUAAACUGGCAAACGCAUGGCUUUGGGAACAGACUUUUUUUUCUCACCAAGGGGCCCAAACUAUUUUUAACUAAAGAAGAAUAGUACAGAACUUUGAGGAAGUGAGUACUGAUGACAGCUGUCUCACGUGGUAUUAAUUUUGUAAGUUGUUAUUUUGCUCAGAAUGAAAGAAAAGAAAAGAAAAAGCUGAACUAGUUCACAGAAUGAUGAGCUAUUCAAUUGGUGAAGCUCCCCUGCCAUGUCCUGUUGUCUCGUGUUCUUCACCUCAAGUUGUCAGGAUUGGCGCUGCUCUCAUCGCCUUCAUACAGAGAUUCCCAAGGACCAGGCAUCGCCGUGCCUCAAAAGCAACACCAAGAAUGGCAAAUUCUCCUUGGCAAACAACAAACAGACUGCUUUUCCUCACGAUUUCACUGUUGCCAAGCACCAUUCUAGCCAUACAGUAUCCUAAAUCUUUGCCCUGUGAUGUGAUUCCAACUCCUGAUGGUUAUGUGACCGCAGACUGUAGCAAACGACGCCUCACAAAAUUCCCAGAUGAAUUUAAAUUGAUCUCUAGUACUGCCAAUAUUACCAACCUGACCCUCACCAUGAAUAAAAUCUUGAAAAUAGGUCCAAGUGACUUUCAGAGCCUUCAGCACCUUCUAGAAGUUGAUUUUAGAUGCAACUGUUUGCCGGUGAUGUUGGGUCCCCAGGAUCAUUUAUGUUUUAAGAGGCUACAGAUCGAAGCCUACACUUUUUAUAACCUUCGCAAACUGAACUCACUGUAUCUGGAUGGUAACCGGCUCUCAACUAUCCCUCGGGGCAUACCUCCCAAUUUACGUCUUCUGAGUCUUGAAGUAAACAACAUUUUUUACCUCCAGAAAGAAAACCUUUCCGAACUUGGGAGUUUAGAAAUUCUCUAUUUGGGAAAGAAUUGCUAUUACCGUAAUCCCUGCAAUGAAUCUUUUCACAUUGAGGAAACAGCCUUUCAGGCCCUGGGGGCUUUAAGAGUGUUGUCCUUGAAGGCUAACAACAUAUCUGAGGUUCCAAAGAAUCUGCCAUCUACUUUGAAGGAACUGUACCUUUAUAACAAUGUAAUUCAGAACAUUGGGGAGCAGGACUUGAGCGGUCUUCACAAUUUGGAAAAGCUUGACUUAAGUGGCAACUGCCCUCGUUGUCUCAAUACUCCGUAUCAUUGUACUCCCUGUCGGGAUAAUGCAAGUAUUUCAAUCCACCCCAGAGCCUUUGAUUCUUUAAAGGAAUUAAAAGUUUUGCGGUUACACAGCACCUCCCUCACCACAGUGAACAGUGAAUGGUUUAGGUACACAGAAAGACUAGAAGCACUUGAUCUUUCGCAAAAUUACUUACAUAACGAAAUUGAGACUUGCCAUUUCCUAAACUUUCUUCCUAAUCUUGUAAACUUGGAUUUUUCUUUUAAUUUUGAAUUGAGAUCAUACCGUACACGGCUGACUCUUCCAAAGACAUUCGCCAACCUCUCUAAUCUUCAGACUUUAAGGAUCAGGGGUUUUGUUUUCAAGGAACUAGAUCAAGCCAGUAUAGACAGUUUGAUUCAUCUUAAAAAUCUGAGUGUGCUAGACUUUGGGACAAAUUUUAUCAGGACCAUUGACACAGCCAUGUUUAAAAAGCUCCCGGCUCUUAAAACUGUAAGCCUUGCGUUCAAUAAAAUCUCUCUCCUUUCUAAUGAUUCAAAUGGUAAGCUUUGCUCUGCUGCUCAGCCUUCAGUGGAUGGGUUUCUUGGCACUGUGCCAUCAGAUAUGCAGUAUUUUUUAUAUGAUGAAUAUAGUCGGAGUUGUAAAUUUAAAGAUAUAGAAGCUGCUGCUUCUUUUCCUCUUGACACCGGACCUUUGUGCGGUAAGUAUGGAACGACAUUGGAUUUAAGCAGAAACAAUAUAUUUUUUAUAAACCCUUUGGAUUUCCAACACCUCAAUUAUGUGAAGUGCCUUAACCUGUCUGGUAAUGCUAUGAGCCAGACUUUGGAUGGAAGUGAAUUCGUGCAUCUGUCAAGCUUGAAAUACCUGGAUUUUUCUAACAACCGGAUUGAUUUGCUAUUUCAAACAGCAUUCAAAGAGCUGACAGAACUGGAGGUUCUGAACCUUAGUGACAACAGCCAUUACUUCAAAGCAGAAGGCAUCUCUCACAGUUUGGGUUUUACCAAAUAUUUGGUGAAUUUGACCACUCUGUUCAUGAAUGGGAAUGAGAUUUUUACAUCCACAGACAAAGGAAUGGCUAGUGAUUCACUUAAAACACUGGAAUUUCGAAAGAAUCGCUUGGAUAUUUUAUGGAAAGAGGGGACCUCUGAAUACUAUUCAUUUUUCAAGAACCUCACCAACCUGGAGACUCUAGAUAUUUCUGAAAACUAUCUGCAUUCUUUACCUCGAGGUGUGUUUUGUGAGCUGCCUGUAGGACUCAAGGUACUGAGACUGGCCAGUAACAGCAUGCAGCUUUUUCUCUGGGGGGAACUUCAGGUCUUGAAGAAACUGGAAGUUUUGGACCUUGGUAACAACCAGUUGACUACUGUCCCCAGAGAGCUGUCUAACUGCUCUCAGACCCUUCAAAAGCUAAUCCUGCAAAAUAACAGGAUAAAAAAAUUGACAGACAAUUUCCUCCGAGGGGCAUUCUCUCUGGCAUACUUGGACCUCAGUUUUAACAAGAUUAAAACGCUCAAAAAUUCUAGCUUUCCAAAAAAUGUUAUUGACAAUAUGUCAACAUUGGUUUUACAGGGUAAUUCUUUCAAAUGUAAUUGUGAUCUCGUGUGGUUUGUCUGGUGGAUCAACCAGACAAAUGUAACAAUUCCUUUCCUGGCCACGGAUGUGACUUGUGGGGGUCCAGGCACAUGGAAAGACAAAAGUGUUGUUUUCUUAGAUCUAGAGACCUGCGAGCUGGAUUCAUCCCAGAUUCUGUUCUUAAUAUCUGUCUCAGUCAUCAUGUUGCUGAUGACUAUCCCCAUUAUAAGCCACCUCUAUUUCUGGGAUGUGUGGUAUAUUUACCAUUUUUGCUUUGCCCGUUUAAAAGGAUACAAACGAUUAUUUUCAUCAGGUGUUGUGUAUGAUGCUUUUGUCACUUAUGAUAAGAGAGAUACAGCUGUGACAGAAUGGGUCAUGAAAGAGUUAGUUGAAAAACUGGAAGGGCAGAGAGAGAAACAGUUCAAUUUAUGUUUGGAAGAAAGAGACUGGCUACCGGGAGAGCCAGUCCUGGCUAAUCUUUCUGAGAGUAUACAAAUCAGCAGGAAAACGAUAUUUAUCCUAACGAACAAGUACAUUGAAAGUGGCAACUUCAGGAUGGCCUUUUACAUGGCACACCAGCGCCUCAUGGAUGAAAAGGUUGACGUUAUCAUCCUGAUAUUCCUUGAGAAAGUUUUGCAAAUGUCCAAGUGCCUCCGCCUACGGAAGAUCAUGUGUAGCCGGUCUGUCCUCGAAUGGCCAGCCAAUCCUCACUCUCAGCGUUAUUUCUGGCAUUGCUUGAGAAAUUCACUAGAGGCAAACCAUGAUUUCGACUACAGCAAGCUUUUUAAGGAAAUGGUAUAACUUGACCUGGUGCCGGAACAUGCUUUGAAAGCUAAGCCAGGAAAGAAGAUGAGUCAGGAUUUCACCCUUCAUGAUGAAAAGACCUUCCUUCAUGGGGGGGUUGGAGAGGGGAAGUGAACUACCACAGAAGCAAUGAAAGCUGUCCGCUUCUUUUGGAUGAGACACCCGUACACCCUACUUUACAGAAGUCUGUUUUCUGAGGUGCUUUCUGAAGACAAUCCUUUGUUCAAAGGGCUAUGAACUCUUAGCUUAACAAUAAAGAACCCUACAAAGGAAAAGCAGGGGCCUUAGUGUCUGGCUGGUCCUGGCCUUACCCACCAUUGUGAGAGAUAGUGUAUUUCCAUUUCAAUUGUUUUCAGGAUUUCUAGAGCAUGAAAAUGUUACUUUAUUGACCUGCUAAUGAAAUCCUAAAAUCUCCCACCCAGCAUAGCUUGUUUUCUAAGUGCCCAGGGGAAUUGCAAGAAUGAGGGUGAUUCCAUUGACAGAAGCAGUGAGCCUGGACUCUCGCCACUGGUUCAAAUUUCACCUAUGACCUCUGUCCGUGGCAUCAGCCAUUAACAAAUGAAUACGUAGCUCUAGCUUCCGUCCCAUCCCUUCAUAAAUUAAUUCUGGCUGACAGGGCCAGUCUGCUUUUCAGAAUUGCUGAGACCAUUCAUGUGAAGUGAUUCUAAAUACUAUUAUUUAUUUUUUCCAUUGCAUUCAUCAAAAUGAAUUAUCAAAACAAACAGACAAACAAAACCACACUGAAAUAAAGCUCAGGUUUAUCUGUCAUUCAUGUAUAACAUUUAGAGCUAGGAGAAGCUACACCAGAAAUUAGAAGAUCUAAAUUCAGAACUUAAUAAUUAUGGUUGUUGUGUUUUUUGUUUGUUUGUUUGUUUCAUGGAGGAGCUCUCUGGUACAAAAGCUGCUAUUGCUUCCCCAACUGAGAUAAAAUUCUGGCCCAAGAAUGGGUUCUAGGAAUAGGUGGCUGCUGUAGAAUAAGAAUCUAUUUUUUAAUCAUGUUAACAAGCAUUUUAGUCAACUGUUCUGUGAGUAUCGCUGUCAUGUUAUUUUUAAAAUAAACUUUAUAUCAGCCCUG